CCACUGUGUAGGGUUCGUGAGUGACUGGGAAAGGAGAAGCAAUGCUCAAUAGCAGUCAACACAUGGGACUGUGUAGAAUUAAGUGAGACAUUACUUAAAAUAAGAUCUGCUGAAGUGUGUGUUACAUAGCGGUAUUGGACCUAUCUGAUGCACAUCUAACCAUGGUUUCCAUCGACCAUGUUGCUCACAAAGUACUGACUUACAUCCCAUAUGUUCUUGUUUUGAUUGACCUGAGAUAUGAAGGAGUGAAAUGUGGCAGGGAUGGGAGUGUGGACAAUCACAUGGAGAUGGGAAAGAAACUGCUUGCUGCUGGCCAGCUAGCCGAUGCUCUCUCUCAUUUCCAUGCUGCUGUGGACGGAGACUCCAAGAACUACAUGGCGUACUACAGGAGAGCCACAGUGUUUCUAGCAAUGGGGAAGUCAAAGUCUGCACUGCCAGAUUUGAGCCGAGUUAUUGAACUCAAACCAGACUUCAAAUCUGCACGCCUCCAGAGAGGAAAUCUCCUCCUGAAGCAGGGAGGACUCGAUGAAGCAGAGAGGGACUUUAAGACAGUGCUGAACUCCAGCCCUAGCGACCGAGAGGAGGGAGAAGCCAAAAGUCAGCUGACAAAGUCAGAUGAAAUGCAGCGACUGGUGGCUCAGGCCCGCAGGAGCUACAGCAGCCAGGAUUAUGUGACAGCUGCCGCCCAGCUUGACACUAUCAUUGAGACCUGCGUUUGGGAUGUGACCUCUCGUGAGAUGCGAGCAGAGUGUUUUAUUGAAAUGGGAGAGAUGGGGAAAGCCGUCAGUGACCUCAAAGCUGCAUCCAAGUUAAAGAAUGACAACACCCAGGCUUUCUACAAACUCAGCAUCAUCUACUAUAAUCUUGGAGACCAUGAGAUGUCCCUAAAUGAGGUGCGCGAGUGCCUGAAGCUUGAUCCUGAUCACAAACAGUGUUACAGUCAUUACAAGCAGGUCAAGAAGCUCAACAAACAAAUCCGGUCUGCAGAGGAACUCAUCCAAGAGCAGAGGUGUGAACAGGCAGUGACCAAAUAUGGUCGUUCUCUUCCCAUUAGCUGCUUUGGAGGAGAAAGCAAUACUUAUUAUGUCCUCCCUUUUUAUUUUCCAGCUAUUCAGGAUUAUGAGACUGCUUCAAAACACAGCGAGAACGACCGGCAGAUCAAAGAAGGCCUGGAGAAAGCUCAGCGACUUCUCAAACAGUCCCACAAGAGGGAUUACUACAAGAUCCUGGGAGUGAAGAGAAAUGCACAGAAAAAGGAGAUCACCAAAGCCUACAGGAAACUGGCACAACAGUGGCAUCCUGACAACUUCCAGAAACCAGAAGAAAAGAAGAAGGCUGAGAAGAAGUUUAUCGACAUCGCUCAGGCCAAAGAGGUUCUCACUAACCCAGAGAUGAGAGCCAAGUUUGACCACGGGGAGGACCCCAUGGAUCCAGAGAGCCAGCAGGGUCAUCCUCACCAUCAGCACUUCCAUCAAGGCUAUCAGGGUUUCAAUCCAUUUGGCUCUGGAUCCUUCAACUUUAAAUUCAACCACAACUGAGGGAGCUCAUAUCCAGCACAGCUGGAGCGUUUCUCCUAUUUCCCUUCCCAUCUAAGAAGGGAGAUCAGAUCAGUGACAUAAGGAAUGCCAUAAGUCUCUCAAAAAAUGUGGAGCAAAUUGUGACUUUAAUUUAGUGACCUUAAUUAAAUAAUGCAUUUUUGUUGUUGAAUGAUACAACUUUGAAUUCCGUUUCGGGAAGGUCUGUUGCUAUGCUAACAAAUAUCUGCCAUGUGUGAAGCAGUUUUUAUGUCAAGUAGUUAAUUCUGACACAUCUUCUCCACGUUCACUAAGAUACACAUCCAUUCAGAAGGUGCACUUUGUAAAUAGGUACACUGCUAUUUUUUAUAUGAAUGGAGUUUUUCUGAACUGUAAAUAAAGAAAUAUUUAUGUA